UAGAGGUUUAGGGUUUAUCGAGGGUUUUAGGGAAUUUACAGAACAUCUCUUUUCGGUUUCGCAGUAUCAACUAUCAAGCAAUGGCGCGAUUCCAAGUCCACCGUCUCGCCCACCGCUCCCUCUCUUGCUUUCUCCUCCGCUACUCGCAUUCACAUUUGUGUGAUUCGAUCUUGAAUGGCGCGUGCAGGAGUUUCAGCACCUCGCGGUCCUAUCAAUCCAGUGUUCUUUCAAAUUCCAAAUUAGGAAAUGUGGGCAGCGAGAAUUAUUGGCUGAAGCUCCGAUUUUUCAAUAAUUAUUUGGGUGCAGCGAGAUCAAUUCACAGCACUGCUCAAUUGUCUAGAGAUUAUUAUGAUUUACUUGGAGUUAGUAAAAGUGCAACUGCUCCAGAAAUCAAGAAAGCUUAUUAUGGGCUUGCAAAGAAGUUACAUCCAGAUACAAAUAAGGAUGAUCCAGAAGCUGAAAAGAAAUUCCAAGAAGUUCAGAAAGCAUAUGAGGUCUUGAAAGAUGAAGUAAAGCGGCAGCAAUAUGACCAGCUUGGGCAUGAAGCUUUUGAACAUGCUGGUAAUGGUGAAGGUCCUGGGUUCGAUCCAUUUGGAGAUUCUUUCCAUGAUAUAUUCAAAAACUCUGAUAUUUUCAACAUCUUCAAUAGGGACAUGGGUGGCGAGGAUGUGAAGGCUUCGAUUGAACUUUCCUUUAUGGAAGCCGUCCAGGGUUGCACCAAAACAAUGUCAAUCAUGACGGAUUUGGGUUGCAAUACUUGUGGUGGAACUGGUGUUCCUCCAGGGACCAAGCCACAAACUUGUAAACGCUGUAGAGGUUCUGGCAUGGUUGUAUCCCAAGCUGGGCAUGUAACACUACAAUCUACUUGUCCGAACUGUGGAGGAACUGGAAAAAUUGUAUCGAGCUUAUGCAAGUCUUGCAAGGGUAGGCGGGUAGUCAGAGGCACAAAAACUGUGAAGUUGAAUGUCAUGGCAGGGGUGGGCCAUGAUGAGACUAUUAAGAUGCCGAGAAGUGGGGGAGUGGAUCCUGACGGAAAUCAGCAUGGUGAUCUUUAUGUUAAGAUCAAGGUCAGAGAAGACCCAGUAUUUCGUAGAGAAGGUGCCGAUAUCCAUGUCGAUGCAACAUUGAGCAUCACUCAGGCAAUUUUGGGAGGAAUGAUCCGGGUUCCAACUCUGACUGGAGAAGUUGUCGUAAAGGUACGCCCUGGCACUCAACCUGGACAGAAGGUUGUUUUGAAGAAAAAAGGGAUCAAAGUAAGAAACUCGUUUUCUCUUGGAGAUGAAUACGUCCACUUUAAAGUUAGCAUUCCAACAAACUUGACCGAAAGGCAACGUCAAUUGGUGGAGGAGCUAGCUAAGGAAGAGCGAGGAAAAGAUGAUAAAGAAGACGAAGAUGAUAAAGAAGAGGCAGCUGUUGCAAGUGCUUGAGUUCUAUCUUAUAUUUGUUGUGAGAAAAAGAAACUGCAGAGCCUCGUCAGUUGUGGAGGUGCAAUUGUUUUUUAAUUGAAAAGCUUAUUUAUAUAUAUAACUUUCUUCAAGAUCAUAUUUAUCAGUGUUGGAUUAGCUCAUGAAUUUUGUAAAUAUUCAUUACUCAGCUGGGAAAAUUUUGAUGUUUGUUUAUGUAGUCUUUAGAGGCUGAUGUAACCCCCUAAAAUUCAUUCAAUAAUUCCCAAUGUAUUGAUUAAUGAUAUUUCGAUUCUAA